AUGAAAUUUGUUUUUUUCCUUCUUCUGUGUUUAUCUGUUCAAGUUGAGCUACGUCGUCACAAUGAUGAUGACAAUGAAUUCGACAAACUAUUCGAUGAACAUAGACCUCACAAAUCUCAUUCCAAUAAAGAAUACGUGCAAGACUCAUUUGAUGAUAAAGAAGCAUCUUCUGGGACAUUUCAGCGCGAGAAGAAAUAUCCAUCACGGAAGAAAGUUCUCGAUGAAGUCGAGUCGCCUGAUGAGUCGGAGAAACCGAUUCAUCGAAGUCAUUCAUCAAAAUAUACAAAUCAAACGAGAUUGUCUCAGACGAUCGAUCGAAGCACGCAAAGGAUGAAAACGACAACCACUGAAAAUUAUGCGGAGGAAGCUUCGAUAUGCAUCAACGAAUUUGAUAUUCAAGCAGAGCAAUUGGUUAAAGUGAAAGAACUCAAAAAUGGUGCACGGAUGAUACGUUUUGUUCAACUCGAGGAGCCAACUGCAUCGCAUGGUCUCGAUAUUAAAGAUAUCUGUAUGUUAAACUGUUGCGUGGAGAAAGAUUGUGAUCUAGCGAUGCUAAGUGAACAACGUACGAAUAACGGUUAUAAAUGUUAUUUAUUUGCAUGUAAUGGUAGUUGUACAUUUGCGUCACAUCAAGAUUAUACUAGCAUGGUUUUGAAGAAAGAUCUGUUGACUGAUGAUGACUCACCGACAUCAAAUAAACAAGCGAAAACCAACGAGAAAGGUUCCGAUGCAUCAUCAUCCACGCUUUCUUCAACGUGUCGAAGUACAGAGUUCUCGUGCGAAGAUGGAAGUUGUAUUCCAUAUUACGAUGUCUGUAAUUCCUAUAAGGAUUGCCCAUCGGGUAUUGACGAAGAAAAAUGCACAUCGGAAUUCAUCGCUCAUCAACGUACGCAGCAGGAAAAUCGAAAGAAGCCUUUGGCUGGUUCUGAUAGUGACACAAACACUGAGCUCGAUGAAGUUUUCGACGAAAUUGCUGAUGAAGAGCCAGCAACUACGAAGUCAACAGUUACGAAGGGCUCAGCAAAGACUGGUGCGAAUGCGAAAUCAUCGCCAUCGAAAGGCAAAUCAAAAGAUCGUGAAGGCAUGACUCGAGAAAAAACAGCAAAAAAUGUAACAUCGAAUUAUUUAUAUAACAUUGAUCUUGAAACACAGGAUCGUAUAUCCAAAUUACAGAAACUCAAAGAGUAUUUAGAAAAAACUAAAGGACCCGAAGCCUGGUACCACCUAUUUCAGACGUUGAUUCAACAUCAACAACAAGAUCAUUCGAAUUCGGAAGUAGAUCAAACAGGGUCAUCUUCGUCGAUAGAUGACGAUAAUUUUCAAGAUCAUUUACUUGCGCUCGAGCAACAAUGGAUUGCUGAUCGACAGAAAACGACGACGACAACAACAACUACAAUGAAACCAGUGAAACCAAUCAGCCGAAAAACGACAACUGCGCCGAGCACGACGACUAAACGACCUAAAACCAAUCAAGGAAAUGAUUCAAGGGGACGUCGCCCACCAUCUGCGAUCGAUGACGAAAUCCCUGAUGAUGAAGAGGAAGAUGGUGGCAAUGAUGAAGACGGUGAUCGAUAUUACUGGCAACCGACAUAUGAUGACCGUCGCGGAAAUCGAUAUAACUACCAACAAAAAACGAAGAGUACGACACCAACAACAACAACGCGGCGCUCAAGACCGAAAUACCCGCCAAUGAAUCGCGAGGGUACAAUGACAACGCUGAUACGAGUGAAUGGCGUUGAAUCAGAUCCUGAUCCUCACACAAAAUCAUUCAUACGUGAAUCAAGUGUUAUUUUGCUCUUUCUGCUUGGUUUAAUGUUCACAAUUGUGCUACUUGUUUUGGUUGGCUUUUAUUGUCGAGAUUCUUGGAAGCGCGGCCGCGUAUUAAAGAGCCGUUCAACAGAUGCAGAUUAUUUAAUUAAUGGGCUUUAUUUAUAG